GAACGCUACUUUCGUUUUCGUUGCUUGCCCUCCGGCCUCCCUUUGUUUGUGUCGUUUUUAUCUAAUCAACGUUUCGUGAAAAUAUAAGUAAUGUUGUGAAAUAUCAAGAAUACAGAGGACUCGACAUGAAUUAUGAGGAACAGUGCGAAAUAAUGACAAAAUGGGCAGAUGGAGAGAGAGACUUUUGUGUUGAAUCCUUGGAUGAAAAAGAACGAAAGUUGAAUUUGAGAAUAUCAAAUACUGACAUAUUGUUGUCUAUUACUGUACCAGCAGACGACAAUGAAAGUUGGUUGGUAUGGAGUGAGAGUGAAAAAAUUCUACCCUUGCUUCAAGAUAUUCAAGAUUUUUUGGCAAGCUCAAGAAAAAGAACUGUUACAGAGAUUUUAGAUAAUGUAAAGGCAAAGAUUUUGGACAAAGUAAAGGCAGGUUGUAUUAAGUCAGGUGAUGACAACGAAAACAACUCAGAUGAUGGUAUCUCUGAGGAUGGAGAUUUUGAUGACUACUACGAUCAAGAUGAUGAUGAUGAUGAUAUAGAGGGCGAAACUACAGAAAGAGGACCAAAGACAAAAGAAGAUGAGGAAGACGAUGAUGAAGGAGGAAACUUUUUUGGAUCUGAUUCAAGUUGUGUUGCUGUCCAACGAUUAAUGAAAGAUUUGAAAGCAUUCAGAAAAGAUGGGAAAAAGUUUGGAUUAGAUGGAGGACCUAGAAAUGAUAAUUUAUUUCUCUGGGAUAUAAAACUUAUAGACAUUCCAGAAUCAAAACUCUCAAAAGAUCUUGAAACAUUUGCAAAGAGACAUAACACAGAGCCCUGCAUUAACUUAGAGAUGAUGUUUCCACCAGAUUAUCCGAUGUCUCCACCAUUUGUGAGGGUUACAACUCCACGAUUUAAAUUUCUUACAGGUCAUGUGACUAUUGGAGGUUCCAUCUGUAUGGAAAUGCUGACAAAAUCUGGAUGGACGCCAACAAACGAUAUAGAAAACAUUUUAGUACAGAUCAGAUGUGAGAUUCUUAGUGACCCCAACGCUCAGCUGGACCUGAACAAUGCAAACACAGCAUACACCCAGUCUGAAGCCCGAGCAGCAUUUCAAAGGAUGGUCCAGAGAUAUGGCUGGGACAAGUCCUAGGAACCAGUUAUAUUAUGUGCUGCAGUCAACGUAUCACAAAAGACAGGGAUUGGACAGUCAUGCAGUAUGGAGGGUUUUUCUAUCACUGACAUUUCUUAAGCUGGUAUGGGACACCUCCACAUUGUGACAUACUUCCCAUCAAAAUAAACAAUAAAAUAAAGUAUGAUUUUAUAAAUGUUUUCUACACCAAAUUUGUUAUCUAUCAGCAUAGCGCAAUGGAUGAAAGCGUGAUCUACUAAUCUGUAUGUCAUGAGUUCGAAUCCCAUUAGGGAUUUUACAAUUUCUACUUUUUCUAUUUAUUUUUUGGUCAAAUAUUGUAAAAUUUGAAAAUUUGAAAAAGGUUAAAGUAUUUCGAUUAUAAUUUUUUAUCAUCCAUGUUAAUAUUGGCAGGUGCCCCAUACCACCUUGAAAAAUUCUGUACUAUUUUGAUGGAUGUAUAUAUAUAUAUAGUGUGAGUCUGUAUGACUUCUGUAAGGUUUACAGCAUCUUGAAGCAGCUAAAAAAUCCAUUGAUGUUAUUGUAAAUUGUAGAUAAUUCAUCUUAUUCACUGCUCUAGCCCUUUGUAUUGUUUGAUUCAAGAUGUAAUAAAUUUUUGCAAUUUUUUUUUCAAUGUUAAAUUUGGGAAGAAAGGGCACAUGUAAAUUUGUAAAUACUUUGGAUAUUAGACUAUUAUUUUUGUAUAUUUCAUAACUAACUACAUGAAAAGAACAAUUUCAAGCAAUAAAAUUAUCUCUUUUGUAUGUAUGAGAAUUCAUUGA